AUGGGUAACAGGCACGAGGACCUCGUCGACAGCAUACGCGACGACCAACAGCCAAACAACUCGGGAGGCUCCGAGCAAACUUCGAAACAACGAAGGGCAGAAUUCAUUCGUCAGGCUUCGCUGCCAUUUGUUAAGCGCAAUCGAUCAAGCUAUCGCAGCAAAUCUUCGUCUGAUAACCAGACCUCGACGCUGGACGAUCAAGCUGGCAAAACUAUCCACAACAUUGACGAAGCCGAGGCGGACGAUGCUAUCGACGUUGACCAAGCCGAUGGUGACGAGGGCCCUGUACUUCAUACACGGUGGCUGCGCACCCUUGACUCUGGCAAAGGGUGGGAGUCUUUCUCUGUCAAGGAUAGCCGCAAUCUCGAGUCUGCGUGGAAAACGUGGACACAACAGAGUGGCGGUAACGUUGAACUCCCGAGUCUGCCCGAGACAGAUGGCAAGGUUCAAGCUGGCGAAGUCAAAGGCUCCAUAGACGAAUGGCAGGCUCCAGAUCCCGAUGCAGACGACGUCUCACACAAGGUUGCCGUGACCUCUGAUCGACUCUAUGAUGCCGAUCUUACCACAUUCUCCAUCACUCCCGUCUUCUGGAAAGGGCCUGCGCUCCGUAUUACACGUGCAAGCUGGUUCUUUGAGUCCACUAAGCUAUCGCCCUGCUCUACAGCGCUUGCCGCCGAGCUCGAGUCUCACUUUCAGACGCUUCGUCCCUGGCUUCCCUCUUACACUGAUGAGCUCAAGUCUUCCGUCUCCCUAGGUGCCGAGGCCGAGGCCAAGCUCAAGUGUAAUCUUAAGACGCUCAAAAACAGUUACGUCAUCUUCCAGGGUCCUAGACUUGCUCGUCUCUAUCAGGAAGGCUUUUCCAAUCGCUUAUCCAAGCAAUUCUUCACUGCCUGGAGCGGUGAGCACAGCGGAGGACAGCUUCUGAUUCGCGGGUAUCAGACACAAGCUCAACUCACGGACAUCAGGUCAGGCUCUAGCGCCUCCAAAUCGUCAAUGCGUCGUGUCAGGUCAAAGAGAGGGUCCUUCGCGUCCGAGAAGCAGGCGCCUGUACCCAGGGUGGCCGGCGAAGGCACCUCGGAACUUAAGAGCCGCUUGGCUGAAGCGCUGCAAGAUGAUGACGACCAUAUCGAUCCGAUCGUCGUCGACGAUGCAGAAACCACCGACGUCAAGAUUUCCGCCGAGCGAGCUGGUACACAGAAUUCCGAUCACGUGCCUGGCGGCCUCGCUACAAGAGCUUCACAAGCCUCGUUGAACAUCGACAAAACCCACAUUGAAGCCUCGCCGUCCAAGUUCGGUGCAAAGGCCACCCUGCGCACCUUGUCUGUAAUGGCAGCUGGAGGCAUGACGUCUACAUCGGCACCGGCCAAUGAGCUGCUGCGAUCGGUUGCUUCGCGACUCGGUGUUUGGAGUGGCGAUGACGCCUCUGCUUCUUCAACCCACGAGUCUCUAGACUCGGAUUCGCAGAGAGAAGCAGGAAUCUUGACCCCAUCGCAACAGGAUGAUAUCAGCGAGUCGUUCAAGGAAGCACAGCGCAGGGUACAAGACGACCUUCCAGCGCAGCCUCCGAGCGCUGCAGAAAAGCAGCGAGACAAGCAGACAGAUGAGGCCGACGACCAGGACGCUGACGUGGAUUGGGAUGAUCCGGAUGCAUUCGACGAUGAGCAAGAGCGAAGCGAGGCGCAAGCUGAAAGUGAGAGGCCUCCCGAACUUCUGCUUGCCAUUCACGGUAUCGGUCAGAGGCUUGCUGGAGAGUGGAAGAGUUUCGACUUCACCCUGGCUAUCAACACAUUCCGCGCUCUGCUGCAGACUCGCAUCGACACAUCCAGGACGCCGAGCGAGAUUGGCGGACGUGGAUUGAGCGGUCUGGCUGCUAAGCGCCGCGUUCAGAUUCUACCAGUCCUUUGGCAGACUGGCUUCCAUCAGAUGGAAGACGACGAGCGGUGGGCGGACCAAGACUCUGAUGCUGAAGAUCCAGACUCAAUCAUGUACGACAACGGUCUCGAGCUCGAGAUGGAUCACAUCUUUGGCGACGACGGCAUCCCCAUUGUGCGGACGCUGGUCAAGGAUGUACUGAUGGAUAUUCCCAUGUACCUCUCCCAACACAAGGCUCACGUUAUCCGGUCAGCAAUGCUGCAAGCAAAUCGACAGUAUCGUCUCUUUGUCAAGCGCAACCCCGAAUUCGAAAUCAAGAAAGGGCGAGUUCACAUCGUAGCUCAUAGUCUUGGUACAGUGAUUACGUCAGAUUUGCUCUCGCAGCAACCGGAUCGGGUGCCUCCUGUCAAGGAUUUGAGCCCCGAAGAGGUGCAAGAAGCAGUUGGCAAACGCCUCUUGUUCAACACGCACAGCUUUUUCGCCGUCGGAGCACCCGUGGCUCUUUUCUUUGUGCUGCACCGCGCACAAUUAAUCGCCCGCAGUGGAGUAGUGCGCUCCAGUCGCUUUGUACGGGACGAGCCGGGCAUCACACUGAACGGCGAAGGCAGGUUCGGUUGCCUUGCCGUGACCAGCUUUUACAACAUUUGGAACCAGUACGAUCCUGUGGCUACGCGGGCAAGUCCGUGUGUCGAUGUGCAGUACGCAAAGCAGCUCAAGCCGGUGCCUCUCAAUAAGGCGAUUCGCAGCAUUCUGCGAGCCGACCCCGAGGCCGAAAACCACGACAUCGCCGAGGAUGGCGGCACGUGGUCGUUCGGCUCUGGCAACGCUGCUGACCCGGAUGCAAGAGUAGCCAAGCGCAAGGCAGCGGCCGUCAAACGCACCAAAGGCUUCUUUGGAACGUGGAGUCGCAGGACGGAGGCAGCAACCGCUCCACGUAAGACGCAAGCAGUGGAGGAAGACGAUGGCGAGAAGAUAGGCGACGACGACAGCGCCUUGCGCUCCAGCAUGGACGUGUCAGAGACCGAAGAGGCCAGAGAAGCGCGUACAGAGGCCGAGAGUCUGCGAUCCAAGUUUGCAGCCAAAGCACGCGAGGAGGAAGAUCGCAAGGAGGAGCGGAAGCGUAUCGCCGAUGAAGAGAGGAAGAAAGGAAUCAGCGCCAAACGUCAGGCGCGGGCCGAAGCUCGACUGCGUGCGCUCAACCCUCUUCAUCGAAUCGAUUUCUACAUGCCUGUGGAAGGGUACAGCUUGCUCAGCUCGAUCAAUCAGUACGCUGAACUGAUGACCGCUCAUAUGAGCUACUGGACCAAGGUUGACUUUGCCGACUUUCUCAUCACUCAGCUCAUGGCGGACAGCGAUCGACUGGAGAGGAGCUUGGAGUAUCGUGACGUCGAGGGCUGGGAGUAA